GAUCUAAGCAAACGUUCAGAUUUACGUUUAAUAUAAUAUUUAUUAACUUAAUAGUUGUUUAAUAUUGAGAAAAAUGAAAAAAUAUAUUCUAUUGUUAUUUUCUAUUCAUUUCACUUUUGCUUCAAUCGGCAAAUAUCAUAGAGAUAAUGGAUUUUUAAAUCAUGUGCAAUUAGUACAUGAAUUUCGAUGUUCCAUGCCUCAACCAAGAGCUGUACCAGUUGCAGAACUUCUUACUGUUGGUCCUAAUUCUGACGAAGUCUUUUAUCCUGCUUCUACUGUUCUAAAACGUUGUGAUGGAGCUGGAUGUUGUUCGGAUUAUAAACAAAUUUGUGCACCUAUCGAAACUAGAAAUGUUAGUCUUGUUUUUAUGGUAAAACACAUGAUUGAUCGACAACGUGACAGGCAUCACGAAGUGAUACAUGCUUUAGAACAUACAAAAUGUGGAUGUAUCAACAAAAAAUUAUAAAAUUUGAUUAAUUUUUUCUGAAAUUUUUCUUAAAAUAAUGGUGAAAAAUUUUUGUUAUUAAAAUAUUAUAAGUAGUUAUUUAGUUUUUUGCUAAAGAAGUUUAAAUAUGCCAAAAUAAUGUUUAUUACAUUAAGUAGAAUUAAAUAGUACAAUUAAUUAAUAUUAAUAUAGAAUGAUGAGUUCCUCGAUUAAAUUUCUUUAUAAGAUUUUUGACUGUGAUAUUUUUAAUAAUAAUAAACAUUCCAUGUUUUUUUAUAACAUAUUAAUAAAUAUUUUUUGAUAACACAA